ACAGACGGGGUAGUUGCACCGGAGCAGGAAACGGUCAACUGCUGAGUGACGAGGAGGGGGGUGACUACCUAAAAAGCCACAAACAACGUCGACAUCAGUGAGCUCGGAGGCUUGCAGCACAAUGUAGGUAAUUGUAUCGUAUUCUCAUGACACUACUCAUAAUAACUAUAAACUAGUGGAUGCCGGCGGUGUACAAGCAGACACGGAUCGUGUAGUUACCGGGGCCGAGGAAAAUGAAGGAGAUUAAAGGCUGCGGAAUGCGUUCAUCGAUGGGGUUUCUGUCCCAGAGAAAGAUCACUGGGCACCCCCUCAUGAAGGAAGAAUUUCAGAGACUUCGGUUGGCCGGCUGCACGAGCCUUUUCAAGAAAGACAUGCUUGGGCACUUUGGUUGUGUCAAUGCUAUAGAGUUUUCCAACAAUGGAGGAGAAUAUCUUGUGUCAGGAGGAGACGACCGCAGGGUUCUGCUGUGGCACAUGGAGAAAGCUAUCCAUGGGAGAGCCAAGCCUCUGAAGCUGAAAGGGGAGCACCUGUCCAACAUUUUCUGCCUGGCUUUCGAUAGCACCAACAGGAGGGUCUUCUCCGGUGGCAAUGAUGAGCAGGUGAUUCUUCAUGACGUAGAACGGGGGGAGACUCUGAACGUGUUUCUGCAUGAUGAUGCUGUAUACGGCCUGUCCGUCAGUCCGGUCAACGAUAACGUGUUCGCCAGCUCCUCUGACGAUGGGCGUGUCCUCAUCUGGGACGCACGGGAGCCCCCUCAUGGAGAACCCUUCUGUCUGGCCAGCUACGCCUCAGCGUUCCACAGCGUGAUGUUCAACCCGGCUGAGCCCAGACUGCUGGCCACAGCCAACUCCAAGGAGGGCGUGGGGCUGUGGGACAUCAGGAAGCCACGCAGUUCUCUGCUGCGCUACGGCGGCAGCAUGUCCCUGCAGAGCGCCAUGAGCGUGCGCUUCAACAGCACGGGCACGCAGCUGCUGGCCCUGCGGCGGCGCUUGCCCCCGGUGCUGUACGAGCUGCACUCCCGCCUGCCCAGCUUCCAGUUCGACAACCAGGGCUACUUCAACUCCUGCACCAUGAAGAGCUGCUGCUUCGCGGGGGACAAGGACCAGUACAUCCUGUCUGGAUCUGAUGACUUCAACCUUUACAUGUGGAGAAUCCCUAAGGAUCCUGAAGCUGGUGGCCCAGGGCGCGUGGUAAACGGUGCCUUUAUGGUUCUGAAGGGCCACCGCUCCAUAGUCAACCAGGUCCGGUUCAACCCUCACACUUACAUGGUGUGCUCCUCUGGCGUGGAGAAGGUCAUCAAGCUGUGGAGCCCUUACAAGCAGCCUGAGAGCCUGGGGGACCUGGAGGGUGAAGUCGAGGACAAGUCCCGGAGCCUGUACACCCACGAGGAGUACAUCAGCCUGGUCCUGAACAGCGGCAGCGGCCUCUCCCACGACUAUGUCAGCCAGUCCAUCCAGGAGGACCCGCGCAUGAUGGCGUUCUUCGACUCGCUGGUCCGCCGCGAGAUCGAGGGCUGGAGCUCCGACUCGGACAGCGACCUGAGCGAGGGCGCCAUCCUGCAGCUCCACGCCCGCGGCCGGCGCCCCACGCGGAGGACGGCCGCCGCCGCGCCCGCCCCUCCUCCCGCCGCCGUCGUCUCGGGUCACCACGCCGCCGACUCGGACCCCUCCUCCUCCUCUCCCCUGCCGGCGCCGGAGACGCCGGCGCCGCCCAACGACCUCCCCGAGGCGGAAGGGGCGGGGCCGCCGAGGAGGCGGGGCAGGCGUCCGCACCACCAGUCGGCCUUCCUGCUGGACCUGGUGAACGAGGAUUCGGACUCCAGCGGCUUCUGGCCCGACCCCAUGCCCCGGCCUCGCUCUCCCAGCCCCAGGGACAACUCCACCCUCUCCCAGAGCACCUCGUCCCCAGCCGGCGCCUCCUCGUCCUCCUCCACCUCCUCCAGCAGCAGCGAGGACGAGGAGCGCCGCAGGGCCACCACCAGGCAGCACAACGCGGCCCGGCGCCGCCGCAUGCACUUCCCCUCCCGCUCGGCGGAGAGGCCCGCGUCCGUGCAGGCGCUGUACGCGGGGGCCGACUCCUGCAGCUACCCCAAGAUUUCCCUGGGGGACGCCUCCUCGUCCUCCUCGGAGGAGACGCAGUCUCGCUGCAAGGAGCGGGAGGCGAGGGGGGACCUUGUGGAGGCGUCGGACAGCGCAGAGGAGAGUGGCGUGGGCCAGAGUGGCAGCUCCUUGGUCCUGGACGGGAGCUUGGCCUCUCCCGGUCACCUGAGCCCUGGGGUGAAUGGGCAGCGCCGGACUGGGGGCCCCCACGGGGCCCAACCGGGCCCGAACAACCCCACACGCUCCUCCGAGUCUGAGGGAGAGGCGGUCUCGAAGCCCACGGACACUAGGACCUUGGUGGAGGAACAGGCCUCCCUCAGAGGUCAGGGGGGGGUCAAACGGACUCAUAGGGGGUCAGGGGAGGGGGGGUCGGGGGCACAGCCUUCAGAGAAGAAGUUCAAGACAUGAUGGCGCCCAGCGUUUUUUGUGAGUGUCGAUGGACAGGCGAAGGGUUGGGUUUUACAGACUUACCUGAGGGGGUGUGUAGGAUGGUGUUUUCACAGCUCAGAAUCUGGUUUGAUAUUAUCCUAAAGAACUGCUGAAGGAUGCUGCAGGGAUGCAGAGGGAAGCUGCCAUUCAGAAGAGUUGAGACAUGGAGGUCUUGAGGUUUCAUAUUCCCACAGGAACCGAGGAUUGUGUUUAUGAACAUUUCUUUUUGCAUACUUUGGAUGUUGUCAUCUUUCUUAAGGUUGAACCGCUGAUGACGCUAAACAUAAACAAACUCAAAUCCAAGCUAAAGAAUAACAUUGAAAAUAAUGCUAUUGUAAGUGAAUUUGCAAAUCAUUAAGUUUUGUGCAUAAAUCUUUUGAUUGUAUGCUUUAAAAAUAAACGCAUAGAUGUUUUUAUCCUUUUUUCGGUAAGGAAAUACGUUCAGAGACAAGACUUCUGUUUCAAGGUUUGAUAGAAAUAUAAAAUUCAGUUUGUUGCUGAGAGUGAACUGGAGAAUCCUUCCUUUUCAAGAGCGAUUCUUUGACUGCUUCAGGGUGCUCGAGUGAGGACUGUCUCCAUGGCGAUCUUGGUGUGCACCAUCUGCUUUUAAUUUAGCAUUAUAAUUAUGUGUUCAGUGUCCCUACUUACCAAUAGGUUUAUUUUCCUCCCUCUUUAUCCAACAAAUGGAUAUCACCAGUCAGCCAUGUUUUUGCUUCUUGCAAUAAAGGAUAACCUGUUUUCAAGUGAUAACAUGAAUUGUUACUAUGAUGCUAUGAUCUGAUUGAUGCUAGGAUCAGGAUGGUUAGCAUUCAGAAUUUGUACUCAAACAACCCUGCAUAUGUUGGGGACAGUCCUUUCAUUUCAACAUUUAUAUGAUGGUGUCAACAAACUUUCUUUUUUUUAUCAAACAAUGAAAUAAACCAUUUUCAUCUUAA